AUGAGUUCCCAUACAGAUGACCCGGUCAGCUACUAUCUAUACAAGCCCAGCCAUGUAUUACCUGCGGUGUUCGCCGCAAUUGUGGGCGUUUCAAUGCUGUUGCACGUUUUCCAGAACUUUCACUAUAGAUUCUGGAGAGUCACAUUUUUUAUCGCGUGGGGAGGAGUCCUUUUCACGACUGGUUGGAUUCUCAGAUGUAUCUCCAGCUACCACCCCGGCAACCUGGACCUCUACAUCGCCCAAUCGGUUUUCAUCUACUUAGCACCACCUGUCUACUCAGCCGCUGCAUACAAUAUUGUUGGUCGACUCAUGAAUUACGCUCCCAUGCAUACCGUCCUCAAUCCCGAUCGCGUUCUUAUAUUCUUUAUCUAUGUCGGUGCCGCAGUCGAGAGCAUCACAGUUGCAGGUGCGGCUAGAAAUGCCGCAGCAGGCUCCGAUCUAAGCAAAUACAAAUCCGGUGGGAUUCUCAUCGCCGCAGGACUCGUUCUCCAGGCUGUGGUAGAAUGUCUAGUCGUUUUCAUCGUCGCAACCUUCCACAAGCGCGCUUCACGGGCUGGAAAAGUCCCACGCAAUAUUCGGACUCUCUGCUUUACUCUGUACGGUACUUCGACCUUCGUCUUGCUGCGCUGUAUCUGCCGUGCCGUCGAGGCAUUUGAGAUGUUCGGAAACCUGGGCUGCCGCGAGAAUUGUGGGCCUAUUCUCAGCAAUGAAUGGUAUCUAUAUGCGUUUGAGCUUGGGCCAAUGUUGAUUUUCACUUAUUGGCUUAAUAUCCUGCAUCCUGGUCGAUUUUUGCCGAGGGAAAAGAGCCGGUAUCUCGAUACUGAUCAGUCUACUGAGCGCUAUGGACCUGGUUGGAUUGAUCGCCGGCCCAGAUGGGAAACUUUUGUUGAUCCGCUUGACGUUGAAGGUAUGAUCAAGGGCCAUCCUUCUCAUGAUCCGUAUUGGAUGAGACCUGAGGACUGGCCGAUUUGUCAAGAUGGCAGUUUCGCGGAGGGGACUGCUUCCAACAAAAGGACAAGGACUGAGAGUAGAGAAGCUACUGUUAAAGCCCCUGAAGUUUAA